AUGUUGAUCUGCAAUAACUCUAAGUUUGUGAGGAUCGAGGAAUCCCAUGAAGUUCUAGUUGAAGGAGCACUCAAGUCUGUCCGUGAGAGGUAUGAGCGUCGGCAAAUGGCAAACAUCAAGGCUAAGGCAUACAUGUUGGCCAGCAUGUCAAACACACUGAGGAUGAAGCUGGAAGAUGUCGAAACUGCAUAUGACAUCAUGGAACAACUUCAAGAGAAGUUUGGACACAAAUCUGGGCAAGCUCGUUUCGAAGCUAACAAGAAGUAUGCAAAUGCCAAAAUGGCACCGAUGAUGCAUGUUUGUGAUCAUUUCAUAAAGAUGACGAGCUAUUUUCAGGAGGCUGAGUUGCAUGGAGCCACCAUAGACGAGGAGAAUUGA